UGCUAAUAUAUUCUUCUUCUUCUCCCUGAAAAUUCGGUGGUUUAAACCCGUAGCGGUAUUCCGGCGACUUGUUCUGUAAAACCUUGCUGGAGAUGAUGGUCGAGAACGAUAGGAAUAGGGAUCCUCCAUCUUCGAUAGAAGUUUUGAAUCUGGUCGCUCACCGGUUUUCAUGGUUGAUUUGUACGUAGACAUGUCCGGCGAAGACGAAUCCGAUAAUAAAUGCCGGCACGCUCGACGCCGGAGGAUCGAGAUAAGAAGGAAUGUGAACUUUGCUGGCGAGGCUUCGCAGUCAGUGGCGAGCCCCCAUCGGGCGGGAAAGAGGUUAUACACUAAUGAAAUGGAUGUUUCAGGUGUUGAAAAGAGAAGCCCGACCGCGAACACAAACUCGCACUCCCGGGCGCCUACGGGUUUUUCCUUCGUUGAGUCAUCCCAGUUCUCUGCAUCUUCUUCCGUGGAUGACGUUGAAUCGCCAGUUGUCGGGUCAUCUUCCGGCCGGAAGCUGGAAAUGAAUACCCCUAUUGCCUUCGGUUCUGUUUCACUAACUGGUCGUGCGCGGGAAAUGGAGGACGCUGUUUCUGUCCGCCCAGGAUUCUUCCAGUUCCUGGACGGCAGCUUUCCCCUACAUUUUUUCGGUGUCUUCGAUGGUCAUGGCGGCUCGCAUGUUUCGGCUCUGUGCAAGGAGAGGAUGCACUCUCUUCUUUCAGAAGAGCUAAUGAGAGCGCCUGAGCAUGAUAAACCUGCCGAUACAGAAGAGACUAGGUGGAGAUCGGCGGUGGAGCGGUGCUUCGUGCGAAUGGAUCAACUUGCGCUUUCAGCGUGCGCGUGCGGGCGGGUGGGUGAACCACUUUGCCGUUGUGAUCGCUCCGGGAUCGAGUCUGAGAUAGUUGGCUCAACAGCCGUGAUCGCUGUGAUCCGCGGCCGGCGACGGGCGGUUCUCAGCCGCGGGGGGCGGACGGUGCCGCUCUCUAUCGACCAUAAGCCUGAUCGGCCGGAUGAAUUGGCCAGAAUUGAAGCAGUUGGUGGGCGGGUGAUCUAUGUGAACGGAGCUAGGGUGCAGGGAAUCCUGGCGAUGUCGCGGGCAUUAGGUGAUAUGAUAUGCAACACUAAGCACUGGAAUGGAGAUUAGAGAUUCAAAUAGUUGUCCAGAAUUGUUGAUAUGGCAUUAAUAACGUGAUCUUUAUGGAAAGGGUCUUGUUUUUUUUUUCUUUUUGGGGUCGCGAUUUAGAAACAUACCAUACAAUUCAUAUGAGUUUACAUGUUUAACACGGGCUGUUUGAUAGUAUAUUUAACUUAGGAUUUAUGCCAGAUUUAAGUGAAAUCCUGCUAGAUAGUUAUUUUGAACAAAAUAAUCCCUGGAUGCCGUGAAUUCGGAUUCCUUGG